AUGAAGCAUCACAUUCAUGCCAAGGAUGACCAAAAUUCCCAAAAAAUUCUUAUUUGCCAAUGCUGCCGUGGUAAGGAUGAUAUGUUUAACUUCUAUUCUUCUCAUAUAUUAUUGAUUCGACUGGUUGAGGAUCAACAGAAACUUGAUUGCCCUUCGAACUGUAAACCACUGGCUGUCGAAAUAUUUUGUUGCUGUGAUGGAUUGGUUCUUUUUCAAGUUUCUAAUAGACUCGAUAGACACCUUUUGCUAUGGAACCCCUCCACAAGAGAAUCAAUACUAGUUCCCCAUCCAGAAUCUGCACUAGAUGAUUGUGUAUGCGGGUUGGGAUAUGAAGCAACUAGUGAUGACUAUAAGAUCCUUACGAUUAACCUGAAUGCAAGUUUUUGUGACAAUGUUUGGAUUGAAAUUCUCGUGCUAAAAAGUGGUUCCUGGAGAAGAAUCGGUAAAUAUCCUACUGGCGUUCAUCGUGUUAGGGGUUUUAGGGAUUGUGGUACAGAUGAUUUGCCAUUUGUACAUGGAGCAUUUCAUUGGCUUGGUAUGUUACGAUAUCCUACUAUCAUUUCACAAUAUCAUACUAUCAUUUCAUUUAAUAUUUCAAAUGAGGUAUAUGGAGAGAUACCGUUGUUGGAGCGAAUGUUAAAUAGAUUCCGCAUGCAGUUCAUCGAGCAUGGUGUUUCAGUAUUGAGAGGAAUGCUUUGCUUUUACUCUACAUACAGUGAUACGUGGGAGGGCACUUUUAAGUUGUGGGUAAUGAAAGACUAUGGUAUCAAGGAAUCUUGGACUAAAUUAAUUACAAUACAAGAGGCUAAUCUUUUUCAUUCCGCCAGACCGAAACAUAUGUUUGCGGAUGGUGAAGUGCUGAUGUGCUGUAAAAGUAGCGGACGUCUUAGUUCUGUAUUCAGGACAUCUGGAGGACCGUUUGGAUUUUGGCCUCAACGUACCACCGCUAAGCAAGGAAUUGUCUAUACGGAGAGCUUGAUCUCGCCUAAAUUACUUUCUUAG